AUGAAGUUUUUCAUCGAUGACCUUCCGGUGCUGUUUCCGUACCCUCGCGUCUAUCCUGAGCAAUAUGCAUACAUGUGCGAUCUCAAAAAGACCCUCGAUGCCGGGGGUCAUUGCGUGCUGGAGAUGCCCUCUGGAACUGGAAAGACAAUCUCACUGUUGUCAUUGAUUGUUGCCUAUCAGCAGCAUUACCCAGAGCACCGAAAGCUGAUCUAUUGCUCACGUACUAUGUCCGAGAUUGAGAAGGCACUAGCGGAGUUGAAGGGACUGAUGAAGUAUCGGACGAAGGAGCUCGGCCAGGCGGAAGAAUUCCGUGCGCUUGGACUUACCAGUCGGAAGAAUCUUUGCCUGCAUCCCUCGGUCAAACGAGAGAAAAGUGGCACUGUGGUCGACGCAAGGUGCCGAAGCUUGACAGCGGGUUUUGUGAAGGAGAAGAAAGAAAGAGGAGAGGAGGUUGAUCUGUGCAUCUAUCACGAGAAUCUCGACCUCCUUGAACCGCAUAACCUAGUCCCCCCCGGUGUGUUCACUCUAGACGGCUUGACCCGUUAUGGAGAGGAACACAAGCAAUGCCCCUACUUCUCUGCUCGCCGUAUGAUGCCAUGGUGCAACGUCAUUAUUUACUCAUAUCACUACCUGCUCGACCCGAAGAUUGCCGAGCGUGUCUCACGGGAGCUGUCCAAGGAUUGCAUCGUAGUCUUUGACGAGGCUCAUAACAUUGACAACGUCUGCAUUGAAUCGCUGAGUAUCGACCUGAGUGAGGAUUCUCUCCGCAAGGCCACCAGAGGUGCCACGAAUCUGGAGCGGAAAAUCGAGGAGAUGAAGAGCACAGACGCCGAAAAGCUCCAGAACGAAUACUCGAAACUCGUGGAGGGCUUACAGCAAGCGGAACAGGCGAGAGAAGAGGAUCAAUUCAUCGCGAACCCAGUACUACCAGACGACCUUUUAAAAGAGGCCGUGCCAGGCAACAUUCGACGUGCAGAGCACUUUGUGUCGUUCUUGAAACGAUUCAUCGAAUAUCUGAAAACUCGAAUGAAAGUGACCCACACGAUUUCCGAAACACCACCAUCGUUUCUCACCCAUCUGAAGGACCUGACCUAUAUUGAGCGAAAGCCACUGAGAUUUUGCGCAGAGCGGCUCACUUCGCUUGUUCGAACCCUCGAACUUGUCAAUAUCGAAGAUUACCAACCACUCCAGGAAGUGGCUACUUUUGCGACCUUGGUCGCGACUUAUGACAAAGGUUUUGUCCUCAUUCUGGAACCUUUUGAGUCCGAAGCAGCUACGGUCCCCAACCCGAUUUUGCAUUUCACUUGCUUGGAUGCCGCUAUUGCCAUCAAGCCAGUGCUUGACCGGUUCAGCUCCGUCAUCAUCACUUCUGGUACCCUAUCGCCGUUGGAGAUGUACCCCAAAAUGCUCGGAUUUACGACUGUGAUGCAGGAGUCAUAUAGUAUGACACUUGCCCGUCGGUCCUUCUUGCCUAUGAUUGUCACCCGGGGCUCCGACCAAGCCCAAAUCUCCUCAUCGUUUGGUAUUCGCAAUGACCCUGGCGUGGUUCGAAAUUACGGCACUCUUGUCACCGAAUUCGCACGCAUUACGCCGGAUGGCGUCGUUGUAUUCUUCCCCUCGUAUCUUUACAUGGAAUCGAUCAUCAGCAUGUGGCAGGGCAUGGGUAUCUUGGAUCAGAUCUGGAAUUACAAGCUAAUUCUCGUCGAAACACCUGAUGCGCAAGAAUCUUCACUCGCUUUGGAGACCUAUCGAACUGCGUGUUGCAACGGACGUGGGGCGAUAUUGUUCUGUGUCGCUCGAGGGAAAGUUUCUGAGGGUAUUGAUUUUGACCAUCAUUACGGACGCGCUGUGCUUUGUAUAGGCGUCCCCUUCCAGUACACCGAGUCCCGCAUCUUGAAGGCGCGGCUUGAAUUCCUACGAGAAAAUUAUCGCAUUCGAGAGAACGACUUCCUCUCCUUCGACGCCAUGCGACACGCUGCGCAGUGUUUGGGUCGUGUGCUUCGAGGAAAAGAUGAUUACGGGGUCAUGGUGCUAGCUGAUCGCCGAUUCGAGAGAAAACGACCCCAGCUUCCAAAAUGGAUCAACCAGGCCAUGUUGGACAGUGAAACCAAUCUCAGUACGGACAUGGCCGUGGCCAACGCCAAAAGCUUCUUACGUACGAUGGCACAGCCGUUCAAAUCCAAGGAUCAAGAAGGGAUCUCUACCUGGAGCCUGGCUGAUAUUGAGCGCCAUGAAGCGAAGCGCAAGGUCGAGGAAGCCCGUAUGAUGCAUGGAGAUAUUGAUCCUGCCUAUCAAACGAAUCAAAUUCCCUCGACUUUGGCGAUCAUCGAAGACGAAUAUGACGACGACAUCGAUGAAGAUCUUCUGAUGCUGGAUGCCCAAUGA